CUAGGUUAUGAUGAUUGGAAGAUCAUGAUGGAAGCACACCUCUACGCUCUACAUGAUUGCAUGUGGAUGGUGCUUGAGGAUGGACCCUUGAAAAUCCAAAUGGAGAAUCCUGAGAGGAAUCCAGCAACUCCAGACGUAGUCCAGUACAUUCCAAAGCCUAAGGAAAAAUGGGAUGAUAGAGAUCGCAAAAAGCAUAAUCUGGACAACGUCGCCAAAGCAGCCAUCUUCAAGACACUUGAUCCCAUCACCUUCUCCAAAAUCAAGCAUCUCAAGACUGCCAUGGAGAUAUGGCAAGGCCUUGGGAAGCUAUGUGAGGGAUCAGAGGACUUGAGAAAGCAGAAGAUAGAAGUCCUGCUUGAGAAGUUCAAAGGCUUCAAAAUGCUUCCCGGAGAAUCAUUUGAUAUGUUGGAUGAAAGAUUCCACAAAAUCUUAAAUGAUCUUGCCUCACUUAACCACGUUCUUUCUCCCAAAGAAAAGAAUGUAAGGUUACUGAGAUCACUUUCAACAGAGUGGUACACCAAGGCCACAACCAUGGAAGAAGGAAGAAACCUGGAGAACUACACUGUACAGGGUCUUCUUGAUGAGCUCAGAACCUAUGAGCACGAGCUGAAGAAGAAGAAGGAAGAACAAGUCACUCCCUUCCCCACGGCACUGAUGACAACUCCAAGAGUCCCAACAAGCGAAGGGACAUGCCCUAGAAACUGUGACACACCUUCCUCCAGCCAGCCGUCCAGCUCAAAAAUGGAGAACUACGAUGAGGAAUUUGCCAUGAUGGUCAAGCAAUUCCGGAAGUUCAAAAAGUUCUUCAAGAAAGCUGACUCAGUCAGAAGGCCAUCCAAGGGAAAGCCACAGGUAAGUGACUCUCCUCCUGAAUCUUAUUUAUGUUAUAACUGCAGGAAGCCUGGCCACUGGAAAUCAGCAUGUCCGUACCCAAAGGUGGAGAAGUACGGAGAGAGAGAAAGGAACGAGAAGAAAAAGAAGGCAAUGGUUGCUGCUGAAAGUGAUGACUCAUCCAGCUCAAGCUCGGAUGAAGAAGCCCUCGUCUGCAUGGAGCGCAGAGUUGAGAAGUCCAACCAAGAGGAUAGGUGGACUAUGUCAGAAGACGACACUCUCUGCCUAAUGGCCAAAGAUGAUGCUGAUCAAGAGGUAACUUCACAAACCUCCUGCUCAUCUUCUUAUGAAAGCAUACCAACUUCUGAAAAUCUUUUUGACAAGUUCAAAAAGAUGAUGGUAGAUUUUGAAGAAAUAAAUCUCAAACAUUCUUCCCUAACAGAGGAGAACAAACUAUUGAGUGAAGAGAAUCUCAAAUUGACUCAAGGUCGGAAAAGUCAACUGGAUGAGAUUACUCAACUCAAGACUGCAAAUGAAUCUCUCUCUGAAAAGGUGAAAUCCCUUGACAAAGAACUAGGGAUACUUAAGUCUAAGGAAGCAGUGGAUAAGCUUCUUAAAACGACCAAUAAUAAGGGUCGUAAAGGACUUGGGUUUGACCCCUCCAGUUCUAAAAGGAAAGGGAGAACAACUAUCAUCCCUCCUAAACCUACUGCUAAACCAAAUAAGCAGAAAGAAAAGGAAGAGGAGAAACCAACAGAAGUUCCCAAAAAGGUAGUCCCUCCUAAGAACUAUAGGAAGAUGGACAAACCUCAAAGAGGAAAUAAUUUCAGAAGAAAACCUACUAACCCCCAAUAUACACGAGGUUAUACUCAUUAUGGGGUAGAUAGGAGUUUUCCAAGAAAUUCUGAGUGGAGAACUAUGCCAAGAUAUAGUCAUCCUCCACCUCAGAAACUUUUUGUGCCACCUAAGUAUGUUUAUAACCGACACAGGCCACACUAUGCACAACCUAGACAAAACUAUAGGUCUUACCAACCUAGGUUUGCUAGGAGGAAACAGGAAAUUGCACCUCCUGCACAUAGGAAGUUUUAUGCCUACAACUAUGAUUACAACCCUAACAAGUUUAGAGCUGCAAGGAAAAUUCCCUGCAACUUCAAACUUGAUGUAGGGACACACACCAUUAACUACUGUGGACCCAAACUUAAUUGGGUACCAAAAUCUUCCUCCUCCUAAUGCAGAAAGCCACUAAGUACCCAGGUGUCUGGUACUUAGACAGUGGCUGUUCAAGACACAUGACGGGUGAUGCGAGCCUUUUGAGUAAUCUAAUUUCCUAUGAUGGUCCAAGAGUUACUUUUGGAGGAAGCAACGAUUUUGGCCUUACUAAAGGGCUAGGAAAUCU